AAUACAACCUGCACAAUGUCGAUGACCCAACAAAUCUGCCUGCCAAAACUGACAAUGUGGACAAUAAAAGUCCCUGUGAGAAUUGCAAAGCGAAUUAGCCAAUUUCAGGCUAGAACUCUUGUGAUCAAUGUCGAUCAAAUGUUCGAUAGCAAAGUGUAUAAACUGCAUCUUCUGGAGGAUGGCCCUUCACACACGUCUGAGCUGACGAAGGGCGAUGCCUUGCGCUUUUACCAGCAGAUGGAUGAGAUUAGGAAAGUUGAAAACUCCAUCGCUCAGCUGUACAGGGAGAAGAAAAUCAGAGGUUUUUGCCAUCUUUAUGUGGGUCAGGAAGCUGUAGCAGUGGGAAUUAACUCGAUUAUGAAACCCGAGGACACUGUGAUUACUUCAUAUAGAUGCCACGGUUGGGCGGUGUUAAAGUGCGAGUCUGUGGCUUCAGUUAUAGCAGAACUGAUUGGGAAUAAAUCGGGCGCUUCAAGAGGCAAGGGAGGCUCAAUGCAUAUCUACGGCCCUCAAUUUUUCGGAGGAAAUGGAAUAGUUGGCAGCCACGUUCCUUUGGGCGUGGGCAUCGGUUUGAAGCAUAGAUAUUUGGAUAAUAAGGCCAUAUCGGUUACCCUUUAUGGAGAUGGAGCGGCUAAUCAAGGACAAGUGUUCGAGGCUUUCAAUCUGGCCAAGCUCCUGAAUAUCCCAGUGCUUUUCGUCGUUGAAAACAACCAAUACGGACUUGGGACCGCAUGCAGUAGAAGUUCGGCAAAUAAUGAAUACUACAGACAAAGCUCCUUCCUGCCCGGAAUACGAGCAAGCGGGAUGGACAUACUCAGUGUUAUUGAAGCUGCCAAAUAUUGCUUCAAGCAUAUCCAGGACGGCAAAGGCCCCAUAAUCUUGGAGAUGAUGACCUAUCGGUAUUUUGGACACUCCAUGUCCGACCCUGGAACCAGCUAUAGAGAUCGGAGUGAAAUCCAAGAGGUCAGAGAGAAGAAAGAUUGCAUUCAUCACUUGAAGCAGUUGAUUUUGGAUAGUAAUUUGGCAAAGGAGGACGAAAUUAAAGCGAUUGAGAAUGAAAACAAAGAAAAAGUUGCCAAAGCAACAGAAGAAGCGAUUAAGGGAAGUCCUCCUUCUUUGGAAGAACUCACAGCGGACCAUUAUGCCGUUUGGUCAGAGAAAGUCCGAAUUCCCAGAAUGCUGGAAUGGGUACCAUAUAAAACCAUUGCCCAUAAUAAACCCCCUAAGUAACUUUUAUCCAUCAAAAUAAAACCAGUAUCUAAUGAAAA